AUGGCUGGCAGCCGUGAGGUGGUGGCCAUGGACUGUGAGAUGGUGGGACUGGGGCCCCUCCGGGAGAGCGGCCUGGCUCGUUGCAGCCUCGUGAACGUCUACGGUGCUGUGCUCUACGACAAGUUCAUCCGGCCUGAGGGAGAGAUCACCGAUUACAGAACCCGGGUCAGCGGGGUCACCCCUCAGCACAUGGUGGGGGCCACACCAUUUGCCGUGGCCAGGCUGGAGAUCCUGCAGCUCCUGAAAGGCAAGCUGGUGGUGGGUCAUGAUCUGAAGCACGACUUCCGGGCGCUGAAAGAGGACAUGAGCGGCUACGCCAUCUAUGACACGUCCACUGACAUGGUGCUGCGGCGUGAGGCCAAGCUGGACCACUGCAGGCGCGUCUCCCUGCGGGUGCUGAGCGAGCGCCUCCUGCACAAGAGCAUCCAGAACAGCCUGCAUGGACACAGCUCAGUGGAAGAUGCGAGGGCAACAAUGGAGCUCUACCAAAUCUCCCAGAGAAUCCGAGCCCGCCGAGGGCUGCCCCGCCUGGCUGUGUCAGACUGAAGCUCGGUGCAGCCCGUUCCCCACGGACUAGAGGCUUUCGGCUUUUUGGGACAGCAACUACCUUGCUUUUGGAAAAUACAUUUUUAAUAGUAAAGCGGCUCUGUGUUUUCUCUACGCCA